AUGAGCCCUCCUCCGCGCGCUGCGACCCCAUCACUGAUAUCUACCACCCUGCUGGUCGUCGCGAUCCUCUUCCCUAUCCUGGCGACCCUUGCUGUCGCGGUGCGUAUCUGGUCAAAUAUUUCCAAGGCGAAGCGACUGUUUGCGGAUGACUGUGUCAUUAUUGUGGCCCUGCUAUGUGCCUGGGGGGUCCCGAUUGAUGUUUAUGUGGCUGCCGGGCUUGGGGGUGUGGGGGAGAGUACCUUGCCCCCGCUUGAUGCCGCGAGGGUCUUUCUCAGGGCCCUGUGGAUUGAGAUAUUUCCACUGAUAGCAAGCCUGGUUCUCGUCAAAGUGUCGAUUCUCCUCUACUAUAGGAGGAUUUUUGUUACCCGGUGGUUCCAGAUUGCGGUUUGGGUCUAUAUUGCAAUUCUGCUCGCAUGGGGAAUUGCCUGCCUCGUGGCCCAAGCGUUGGCCGGGAACCCAGUCACGGCAGCCUUCAAUCCACUGGCGGACAAUCCACUUCGCUACAAUUACAGCCAUUUUUCUAUUGUCGUUACCGCGAUGAGCAUGUGCUUCGAUGUGAUCGUGCUCUGCUUUCCCAUUCCUGUGAUCCAUCGUCUUAUGAUGUCCACGCGGCAAAAGGUUCAGCUGGCGGGCAUCUUCUGGCUGGGGAUCUUUUGCUGCAUUGCCUCGAUCAUUCGCUUCUAUUACGUCUACACGGAGGUCUACGAAUCCACGAGCUCCACUGGGACGAAUCGCUAUGCAGCCGUGACUCCAGGCAUCACAUGGGGAACGAUUGAGCCCAGUACCAGCGUGAUCGCUGCUUGCCUCCCCACCUACGGACACCUCUUCAGCGCAAGUCGGAAUAUUUCCAGCUGGGCUCGAAGUUUGUGGAGUCACGUAGCGAAGAGAAACACCGUCAGCGGCGAUCACAGCAGCGGCUCUGGUAGGAAAUCUACUACGAUCCUCACGAGUAUCGACUCUUCAUAUGGCUCCGAUCAAUCACACCGUGGGCAUCACUGGCAGCGCUUAACACUUGAUCAACGUGAUCGAGAUUUGGAAAUGGGAGAUCUCGCCUCCAAGGAUCACAUCCCCUUGGCGAGUGAUGUGCAGCCAGUGAGUAUCCAAGUCUCACAGAGUUUUACGCGGCAGGAACAGCCAGCUUCACUCCGAGACACUACGACAAUGGGUAAGCCUAUGGGAUAUGGUGAGGUCUUUUAA